AUGUCAACAAGCCCAGCAGGCAAUGUCUCCUCAUCCUCUCUGGUCCUGGAGGAAGCCACUGUGCGCAGCACUGUAAAGAUCAUCACUGGAGUGAUCUUCAGCUUCAUCUUCCUAGCUGGGGUGACUGGGAAUGGGAUAGUAUUGUGGGUCACCGGCUGGAAGCUCCGCUGGACCUCCAACACCAUUUGGUUCUUCAACCUUGCCUUGGCCGACUUGGCUUCCACCUCCCUGAUCUUCGUCACAGUGUUGAACUUGGCCCUGGACCUGCACUGGCCCUUUGGCUCAGUGGCCUGCAAGGUGGCCAACUGCCUUUUUGGGCUGAGCGUGUGCAGCGGUGUCCUGCUACUCAGCUCCAUCAGCGUGGACCGCUGCGUGCUGGUGGUGGCCCCCGUCUGGUGCCAGAACUAUCGGACCCCGCGGCUCACAUGGGGUACAUGCGGGCUCCUCUGGAUGAUCUCCCUCACCUUCUUCGUCCCCAGCUCUUACUUCUUCACUGAGAUCUCAGUGGAGAAGAAUAACCGGAGCUCCUGCAACAACCUGGACAUCUUCCAGGACUGGCAGGAAGCAGAAGUCCUCACCAUCUGCAUCUUUCUCUACCAGUUCCUCCUGCCCUUGCUGGUCAUCUCCAUCUCCUACACCAUCCUGGUGGUGACCAUGCACAAGAAGAAGCUUAACAAGUCCAGCAAGCCCUUCUUGGUGGUUACCAGGGUGGUCUUCUGCUUCUUCCUCUGCUGGCUGCCCUACCAUGCCCUGGCUCUGGCAAGGAUCUCUAUGGAUGCUGUUCCAGAUGCUGUGCACCUGGUGGCCAUCCCUCUUUCCAAGUGUCUGGCCUUGUUCAACAGCUGCAUCAACCCCUUGCUCUAUGUCUUUGUGGGGCAGGAGUUCAAGGAUGCAGUGAGGAGGUCCUUGCUGCAGGUCUUCAAGACAGCUUUUGAAGAGGCACCAGUGGCCACCAGUGUUUGAGAUAAGCAACUGCCAGUGUUGCAGAAACCAGAGAAGGCACUCUUCUUUUUAAAGUCACCGUAUCUCAUCACAGUGCUCCACUGACUGUGCAGAUGGAGAGGAGAGGAUCCCUAAACACAGACCUGUGUAUACUGUGCAUUUACAUACAACAACAUUCUGCAGCAAGGUCCCAUGCAGUGACAUUCUGCAGCCUAUAUUCAAUUCUGCAAAAC